CUGGACAGGCCUGUAAUAAGCGCAUCAGACCUCUUUCUGCAUCGUCGCGAUGGCCCGUUGGGAUGACUUCAACGUCACGUUUGGUUUUAAAGGAGAUUAUCCUUACAAUCCCAAGGUCGUUGACCGGAUUAUCGCGAAUCGGAAAGCUCUCUACAGCACCCUCUUCAUCGAUCGCCUUCUCGGGGCAUUAGGAAUUGAUUCAGCACCAAGGCUCUAUCCACCAAAGUCCAUUGAAACUCUCCGCAAACUUCACAGGGAAAUACUUGCGUCGGGCUCACCAAAUCACCACAAGCAAUCUGUGAUCUACUAUCUUCUCAGGGAUUGUGAGAAUCUGGAUGAUGGAACCAACCGCCUUGAAUUCGCACGUCGAUGUUUGCUGCCACAAAAAUACAAGUUACUUGUAGACGGUAUCUGGUAUAUGGAUCGAUUAGAAUUUCAGAGCGCACUGGGUUACCUCACAGAGCCAUCGCUGAUCCCUACCUUUCCCGACGAAAUUCUUUAUGUCCUCUCAACCCUUUCCGAACAAGAUGAUCACCUUGCCACUGCGUACUAUGUAGCCGUUUCCCCGCCAUUGGCGACCAGCGAAGUGUUGAAUGCCUAUUUUGCGGUGUUGUGUCGGAGCGGGGUUUCCACUGCCUUUUGCUUCACGCGAAAACAACCUCUCGAUAUUCGACGUGAACUCUUUGGCCAGUUGGUUGUUUUCGUCUUAGCCGCAAAAGCAGGCGAGGAAAGGGCAGAAAAGGCUAUGGAGUUGGUCAAUUUGCCAUUCAGCGAUAUCGAGAUAGAGUGGUUUGAGGAUUGCCUGCUGCACGGUAAGGCUAAAAAUCUCCCCGGCGCGAAAGAUACAGUUAUGAUGCGGCGCGUCGCGACUGGUCAUCUUGACAACCUUGGAGCCUUGGAGUCGCUAGGUGGGCGUAAGAUCGAAGGGUUGAACUGGGACAUACUGAGGAAAAAUUUGAAACCUAGUGUUUCCUGA